ACCACAGCAGCGUCUUAUUGAUCAUAAAGAGGCUUCCGGAGUUCCCGACUCCGGGCUGUUUCUUUUCCCCCCUCCACAUUACUACACACGCCAAAUCCUUUCACACUACUUCCUCCCCGGACCCGAGCAGCGGUGUGAAUAUGGACUGAAGCAAGAAUGCAGCACGCUUGGGAAUUCAUUAUUAUUUUACACGUUAAUGUCAUCGUUUCUGAAGCACAGCCUGCGUCCUCAAUGCCUCAUGAUGGAUGGUGGGCUUAUAAAGAUGUCAUAGAAGGAAGUUUUAUUCCAGUUCCCUCUUUUUGGGGAUUGGUGAACUCUGCAUGGAAACUUUGCUCCGUUGGGAAAAGACAGUCGCCGGUUAAUAUCGAGACACGUCGUUUGACUUUCGACCCCUUCCUUACCCCUCUACGCGUCACAGGAGGACGAAAGAUCAGUGGCGUGCUGUAUAAUACAGGGCGUCACGUGAUCCUGCGUGUGGACGGCUCUAAGCGCGUGAGCGUGUCUGGCGGUCCCCUGAGUUACACGUACACACUGCAGGAGAUCAGACUGCAUUUUGGCAGUGAUGACACUCACGGCUCGGAGCACCUGAUCAACGGGAAUGCCUUUCCUGGAGAGGUGCAAUUAAUCCACUUUAACCAGGAUUUAUACUUGAACUACAGCGAAGCAGAGAAGAGUCCGCACGGCGUCGCCAUCAUCUCUCUUUUUAUGAAGGUAUCAGAGCCCACUAAUCCGUUUCUCCUCCGGAUGCUGAGCAGAGAAAUUAUCACAAGAAUAACGUACAAAAAUGAUGCAUAUGAACUUGCGGGACUGGAUCUGGAGGAUUUGUAUCCUGAGACGUGGCGCUUUAUAACAUACGAAGGCUCGCUGACGGUGCCGCCGUGUCUCGAAACGGUCACAUGGAUCCUGAUGAAUAAACCCGUCUACGUCUCACCGAUAGAGCUGCAGUCUCUGCGUCUCCUUAGUCAAAAUGCAGUGUCUCAGAUCUUCCUCAGUUUAAGUGAUAACUAUCGGCCGCAGCAGAACCUAAACCAGCGGUGCAUACACACCAACAUCAACGUCAACACGCACACACACCAGUGUGCCAAUACACUCAGGACACACUACAGGGUGAACGAGUGGUUGCUGAAGUAACCGCUGUGAAAAACCGUGUGUGUCUUCUGCAGCCAAGAGACAGAGGCUGAGGAGGUGACUGAAGACAAGCACAUAAAGUUAUUUUACUGCGCAUUAUGACUAAAUAAAGGCACUU